AUAGUAAAAGGGCUCAAAUACCGAUUAUUCCUUGGAAUAUUUCUCACAAAGACAAAUAUUUCAUAGAUUUGUUGUGUAGAAACUGUUGCUAGACUAAUUGCAAAGGAAUUGUACCCUGACCUAGUGUAUUAAUAGUACUGCUGCUCAACUUGUCAAGGAAAAUGAUUUCGGAACCUCCAGCUAUCACUCAAGUGCAGGCUGUGUAUAGCUUUAAAGGGAAAAAUAAUGAUGAGUUGAAUUUCAAGAAAGGGGAUAUUAUAACUAUCACUCAGAAGGAAGAAGGUGGUUGGUGGGAAGGAACAUUUGAAGGAAAGACUGGUUGGUUUCCAUCUAACUAUGUCAAAGAUAUAGGAAUAAUUGGUGCAAAGCCACCCCAGACUAUUUUCGCAGUAGAAACUGUUCCAGAACAGCAGACAGUCAAUCGAAAUCUAAUUUUAAAAGAUAUUAUUGAUUCUGAAAAGAGUUACAUCUCAGAAAUGCAGACACUACUAAAGACUGUACUCACACCUCUGGGGAAUUCAGACAUAUUGACAGCUGAUGAAUACAGUAAAAUUGUGAGAAACUUACCAGAAAUUGUAGACCUACAUGCAACUUUUAACAGGUUGUUAGAAGAUUGCUAUGAAAAAUCGAGUCUUGAACAGCGAGUUGGAAGUAUCUUCCUUAGCAUGGCUGAGAAAAUAAAGUCUGCCCACACUGAGUAUUGCAGUAAUCACCCCAGGACUGUCUGUAUCCUUGAAAAUUACAAGGAAAAGUUGGGUUCAUUUGUCGAAGGUCUUGGAGGACGUAGCCCAGGCCUGGUCUUUCUGACUGCCGGGCUUAGUCGUCCCUUUCGACGACUGGAACGCUAUGGAGGUUGUUUGCAAGAACUUGAACGACACAUGGAAGAAUUUCACCCAGAUAGAGGAGAUACUCAACGAUCGGUUUUCGUCUACCAAAACCUUGCUUCGCAUUGCGCUUCCGUACGUCGUCAAAAAGAACAAGAGCUUGAAGUAUUGUGUGGUUCUGUCCGAUGUUGGGAAGGUGACGAACCACAGCGCCUUGGUGAGCUUAUUUACAUGGGACCUGUCAAGAUCACAACAACAACUCCGAUUACAGAAACUAAGGAUCGGCACUUGGUUCUUUUCAGUCAGUGCGUCAUUUUACUCUCAGUGAGCCAACGGUUGUCGGCCUUCGUUUUUGAGAAAAAAUAUAACCUUUCAGGGAUGUCUUUAAACAUACAAGAGGAUUCUGAAACAUCUCGUAGCCUUACAUUCGAACUAUUGGUUUCAGGGUCAGAGAGAAUUAUUGUCAGCUGCCCUUCAAAAGAAGAACGGCUUCGCUUGAUGGAAUUACUUCAGAAACAGAUUCGGAAUCCAACGAUUUCGUCGUCGUCGUCAUCUGCUGUUUCUUGCACUCCCCUACAAAACGUUCCACCCUCAACUUCUAUCCAGUCAGUGCAUCAGAAGCAGGCAGAUGCCAUACGAACGUCGAGUGCAUUGACGAGCCGAGGGAGCACACCGGUAGUAGCACGCCCACCCGUCCAACAUACUCUGUCGGGUCCAGCGGGAAGCCAGCAGUACCACCAAAACCAGCAUUUCUCUCUCGCCUCGGCUUCCAACCCAACCAUCAAUAACAGAGUUUGGACUUACUCCUCUCUCCGUCCAUCGCUUCCCAUCACGACACGACCUUGCCAAGAAAGAACUAACAAAAGAGUUAUUAACAAGUCUUUUAAGAAAAGAGAACUAAACUACGAUGAUGAUUCACAACUGCUUAAGCUAGUAGAAGCCUAUUGUAGUUUGACUGCAAGGUCACGCCAAACAGUCAAAUCAGCAUUGCUAGAAUCACCACAAGUGCUGAUUGCCGAAGAAGAAAAAAUCAUCGUCGAAGAAGUGCAAGGGACUCGUACGGUUGUAGAGGAAAGAAGUUUGGUUGACACCGUAUAUGCAUUGCGGGAUCAAGUACGUGAGCUGCAGAAUCAAGUAACGUCCCUAGCAAAAGAAGUCGAGCUACUGAAGAACGUUCUGCCCUAAAAUAGCGAAACAGUUAGGUAAAUGGAAUGAUUCAAAGCAGAUGAUGAGUGUGAAACUUUGGCGUGAUAAUUGAAUUUAGUUUUUAAUGAUUUACUAUCCUAUGUUUCUAAGAGAGAUUGUUCCAACAUGAUUUUGUCAAACCCUGGUGGAGGAUCGCGCACAAAAUUUUCAAAAACAAUGUCCAGUACAGCUCCGUCAUCCACUGUAAUAAAUUUAAAUGUAAAUAAACGGUGAAUUAAUGUGAAA